UUAUUCGUUUAAUGAAGUAAUUAUAACAACAUUUUUAUGAUGAAUCAGUAAUUAAAGAGUUCAUUACUCGACGUUAUUUUCGUUUCUAUAUCGCAAACAAAAAAUUACGAGUAUUUGAAUAAUACGCGCCAAUUUCAUAGGGUGUGGGUGUUAGUCAGCAGUGUGAGAUGCCACUUGCCAGUUUGCCACUUCACCAAUAGCAUAUAUAGAAUGUAUGCGUCAGAUAUACACACAUGAUAAACACACGUAUGCUAUAUAUACAUACACAAUCUGCCUACGAAUGAUUGCACGAAAGUAUAGAACUAAACAGUUUGGUAUAUCUAACAGAAAAUUAGUUGCUCUUUUCUGAAUUAUUUUGCUACGAGUGACUAGAAUCGAUUAACUGUUUGUUUGAAACUCUUUCUUUGACAGUCCAUCAAUAAUAACGUGAAUAUAUAGCCUAAUAAAAAGGUGAAAAUAGAAAUCUAAUCAUGAAAUAUGUCAUGUGAAAUGCUCAAAAUGUCAUGCAAAUAAGAAGUUGUUCUACAUAGAAAUUGUCAUAGAAUUUACCAAAUUACAGUACAAGUGGGUGCAGAUGAUUUUCGUCUAGAUUUGAAUACAUUUUUGGCAACCCAAUUGACAAAGUUCAAAGAGAAAAUUAUAUCAAAACAUCUGAAAAUUUUAUUACUUCAACAUGUUUAAAAAGUUCAAAGAUAAGUUAGCAGAGGAAAUGAAGCAAUCUCCAGCUAGAUUGCAAGCUGGUAUGCAGCAAUUGGCCCAGGCUGUAGUAUCCCCAUCAUUGUCUAAUAGCUCAAUUCAAGAUUUAUCACCAAAAGACAAUUUCAGUUUAACUGAAGAAACAGAUGAAACACCAAAAAACAGCCCUGCAAAGCAUGGGUUCCAGACAGUAGAUUUGACUCCACCUUCGGCUAACUCAAAUACUUCUAGGAGAUCAUCUAUAAGUAGUAAUGUUAGUGAUGCAUCAUUUCUCUUCCCUGUUUACGAAAGCCCAGGAAAUAUGUAUCAUUACCAGUCUGACAUGGAUCUUAGUGCUAAUGAAAUGGAUGAUAAUAUCAGUUCCCAAUUAGAUCAUGUGUCAAAAGAACAACUAUAUACAGCCUAUCGUAAAUCUAAAAGCAAGUAUGAUAAGUAUCGGGGAAGAUUCACAGACCUUGGUGUUCAUUAUCGUGAACUAGAAAAAGCUAAAACAAAGUUAGAAAGUUUGUUAGUCGAAACACAAGAUAAAGCAUUGAGAAGAAUUAGUGAUCUCAAAGAACAAUGUACUUUAGAACAACAAGCUAAAGCUCAUCUAGAAGAGGCUUUGAGAAAUGAUUUGGAAGAAAAAGAUCAUGUAAUUAAUUCAUUAAAAACUAAAAUAAAAUUAAUUCAAGAGAAGUGUCCAAAUCCUGAAGUGUUGGGGGACUCACUGCUUGAGGAAUGUGAUGAAAAUAAUGAUAAAUCAGAAUUAUUAGUUGAUUUGUCAAUGAAUAAAAGUGUAGAAAAUGUUAGUGAAGUAAAUAAACUUUCGGAAGAAAUUAUGCAAUUAAAAGAUAAAAUGAAAAAACAAGAGGCAUUUUUAGAGAAGUAUAAAGAAAUGCUGAAAAGAAGUAAAGACAAAAUUCAAGAGAUCUCCAAUGAAAAAAUUACAUUAGAUAGAGAUUAUGAUCUUUUACAAAAAUCAAGUCAAGAAAAAUGUGAAAGUUUAGAAAAUGAAUUAAAGAACACCAGAAUAGAAAUGAACUAUUUAAAAGAAGAAAUUGAUACACUAAAAAAAAGAGAAGAAGAAUCUGUCAUCUCUCUUGCAGAAAAUAAAUUAUCAAUUCACAGAGAACUUGAAGAAAAAGAAGAACAGAUAAAAUCAUUGAGAUUUGAACUUAAAAAUUACUUGGAAGAAGAAAAGUCAUUAAAAAGUACCAUAGACAUGCAAAAACAAGAACUUGAAAAAUUACAGUUAUUAGCAAAAGAAAAUACUAAAAAUAUUCAUGAUAAUGAAAAAAAUAAACUGGAAGAAAUAAGUAAAAUAAAGGAAAAUAUGAACAAAAAAGUUGUCGAUAUAGAAGAGAAAAUGAAUUUGAGGUAUCAAGAAGAAGCCAAUAAAAAUAAAGAUUUACUCAUGAAAAUUGCAGAAUUAGAAAAACAAAAUCAAAGUGAUGAGACUAAAAUUGCCAAUCUUCAGAAAAAUAUUACAGAACUUGAGAAAACUUUGGAAGAAUUACAAAGCUCUAAAGAAGAAUGCAAAGAUAAUAGUUUGAUAGAAAGUUAUGAACAAAAAUUAGAUAAAUUGAAUCAAAUGUUAACUGAUAAAAGUAUGGUUUGUGAUGAGUUAAAUUUAAAAAUUAGUCAGUGCACAGACUCAAUGGAACAAUUAAAAAUAAAAAUGAAAAAACAAGAUGAAGAAAUAAAAAUUUUGAGGGAUGAAACAAGUCACGAAGAAAAACUAUCAUUACUUCAAAGCGAUUUGGAAAGUAAAAACGUAGAAAUUUUAGGUCUCAGCAGUGAGCUUAAAUCAGCUCUUAUUACUGUGACUGAUCUUAAAAAAGAAAAUAAUAAUAUUGUAGAUCAUAACAAAAAUUUGAUCAAAAACUUGAAGAACACAAAAAAAAUUAUAAAAAAUGUUAAACUUGAGUACACUUCACUUCGAUCAAGUGUAGAGGAUAAUUUGAAAAAUAGCCAAGAUAUUGUUAGUGAAACAGUCAAUAAAACUAUUAAGAUAUUUUCAACAUUAAAAAAUGAACAUAUUAAAAUGCAAACUCAAAUGAAUCAACUGGUAGAAAAAUUAAAGAUAGCAGAAGAAUUGCAAACUAAUUAUAAUGAUAGUAAUGAACAAUUGGAAAAAAUUCUAAAUGUUAAAUUAGAAUUAGAAAAAGAACUGAAUUUGAAAAAUGAUGAAUUGAAAGAUUUGAAAAAUCAACUGAAUAAUCAUUUAAUUACUCAGAAUGAUAAUAAAAUAUUACAAAAUGAAUUGAAAGUUCAUAUUCAAGCUAAAGAAGAUUUAAGUUUAGAAUUAAAUGAUUUAUCACGAAAAUAUAAUGACACUCUUCAUCUAGUUGAAACAUUAAAAUCUGCAAGCAAUGAACAAAACAAUUUUAUAAAAAAAAUAGAAUCUCUCAAUUGUGAACUAGAAACCAUUACGAGAGAAUUCGAAAAUAAUAAAAUUGAACUUGUGGAAGAAAAAAAACAAACAUCAAAAGUACAAGUUGAGUGUGAAAAUUAUAAGAAAUUACAUGAAGAAAAUAAUCAAAAAAUUAAACAAUUGAAUGAAAAUUUGAAUGAGUUGAAGGGAAAAAAUGAUAAACUACUUAUUUCUGAAAAAAAAUUAAAAGAUACUAUUGCUGAAAAAAUAGUCAUGAUUCAAAAAAUUGAAACAGAAAUGAUAAAAUUUAGAUCAAAAGAGGAAGAAAUCAAUCAAUCAUUAGAAAAAAAAUUAAAUGAAAUUGACCUUUUGACAAAUGAUAAUGAAGAAUUAAAAAAAAAAAUAAAUCAAUUGGAAAUGAAAAAUAAUGAACUUAAUACUUUAAAAGAUGAUAGAUUAGCUUGUAUUGAAGAAUUAAAUAAACUUCAAUCAUUGAAUGAAUUAUUAAGCAAUGAAAAUAAAAAUUUAAAAGAUAAUGAAGCGAAAUUAAAUGAUUUAAAUACCAUGUUGAAUCAAAGUCAAACCGAAUUAAAUGGUCAAAUUGAAAAUUUAAAAGAAAAAAUUUUAGACAUAUCCAAUGAAAAAUCAGUAAGCUUGAAAGACAAAGAUGAAAAAUUAAAAGAAAUAGAAGAGAAGAAUUCUGAAUUAUUAAAAGAAAUUGAUGAACUUAGAUCUCAAAAAUUAUGCACGGAGGAAACAAAAGAUAAAAGUAUUGAAACAUUGAAAGAAGAGUUGAAACAUUUGAAUGCAACUAUAGAAAAUAAACAAUUGGAAAUUGAAAAACUUAGUGAAUCAUGUUCUCAAUUAAAACUCGAAAUGAAAAACCUUACUGAAUGUAAAUCACAAAAUGAGAAAUAUGCUCAAAAUCUAGAACUUAUGAAAUUGGAAAAAACGAAGUUAGAAUCCCAGUUGGAUGAAACGCUAGUUACGUUUCAAGUCAAACAAUCGCAAAUGGAAACUUUAAAUGAUGAAUUAAAAAGUCAAGCAAAUCAAAUGCGUGAACAAAUAAAAUUGAGUGAAGAAGAAAAUAAUUUACGGCUUAAACAAAUGGUUAAAGAAUUUCAAUCACAACUUCAGGACAAAGAACAGGAAUUACAAGCUGCACUUGAAAAAAGAUUUGAUCAACAACAAAAUUAUGAAUCAGAAAUUAUACUAGAAUAUAAAGAACAACUUAAGGACUUUCAAGUAGAAUUAACGAAAAAAUCCCAAGAAAUUGAAAAAUAUUUAAAACAAAUAGAUAAAAUGACAAUAGACCAUGAAAAACAAUUACAAGAUGUUGAAGUACAAAUGAAUAAAGCAAUACUUCAGAAAGCUCAUCAACUUAAAGUUAAACAUGAGGAAGAAAUAUCCAAACUAAAUGAUGACUGGCAAAACGAGAAAAAAAGUAAUGAUAGUACUGAUGAGGAACUGGAAAAUACAACUAAGGUUGCAAUGGCAGCUGUACAAUCUAAUACUGGAUCAUUCCACACUUUACAGCAAACUUUAAUAUCUCAAAAAAGAGAAUUGGCUGAACUUAGAAAAAUAGUUAAAAUGAAACAAGACUCUGUAGAAGAUUCAACAGAAAUUGAAUAUUUGAGAAACAUUUUAUAUAAAUAUAUGAUGGGCAAAGAAACAAUGGUACUAGCCAAAGUUAUAGCUGCUGUUGUAAAAUUUGAUCAAGAUCAAACAAACAAAAUUUUAAAAAAAGAAGAAGAUAAAUUAACAUUGUUGGGGCAAUUGGGUUUGACAUAACAUACCUUACCAUUCUGUAUUUAUUAAAAGCACAGAUGUUAACAGUUGAAAAAGUUAACUGUUUUUAAUGCAUUUUAAUAAGAUGGUUACUUGCUGAGUUCAGCUGUUAUGUUUUUUAUUUUAUAAGUCAAGAGCUUUUUAAAGAUUUUUCAUGAUUUUUGUAAUGUAAAAUAUCCCUAUGACUUUACUGAGUUUGCAUAACUCUAUUUUGAUGCUUAAAGUUUAUCUGAGAAUAUGUUAGAAAUUAUUUGUGUAAAAUGUUUAUAAAGGUUUUUGAAUAUUUAAUAAGAAACAGUUAAAAGUUCUUGGUCUGUUUUUACAAUUUUUCAAAACAAAAAUGUUACACCUUAGAAGGUAAAAAGUGGAACAUAUGUAAAAAAACAAAAGAUUAUGAAAGCAUUCCAUCAACUUAUGUUAAUAUUUAUUCAAAUUUUGAUGGCAAAUAUGAAAUACCAUUGUAAAUAAUAGUGUAAUUAUUAAAUUUUAUUUAAAAA